AUGAACAAUGAGGAUAAGGAGGAUGAGCUAAACUACUUAAAAUCAUUGUGGCUAGCUGCUGAGUGUGUGUUUGAGAGCUACAUUCAAGCAAGCUGUCGGCUAUACACCUUGGAUGACAAAGAAGUGGAGCUCUUCAAGAAAAAACCGAGUGACAGCUAUGUCCUGGACUAUACCAUGGCAUGCAAAGUGAAUGGACAGUUGCCCAAGACAGUGCAACUGGACCUGAAAAAUAUUGAGGGGAUUAUUCCAAGAGAGGUAUUUAUGCAAGAGAUGGCACAUAUGGUAAAGGACAGCCUCUUGGCUCCGUUGUUAGAAGUGCGCACUCUGAUGUGGGAUAUUCGCGCAUUGACUGUCUGGGGCACCACAGUCACUGCAUUUAGAGGAUCAAUAUUCUUGGGCCGAAUAGUACAGGAAUAG